AUGGCUACGUGGUGGUGGCUUUGUGUGUGCGGCCUGGGGAUCCUCCUCCUGGUGCCGUGUUCUCUCUCUGAGAAGUUCUCCCUGGCUGGCUCCCUGCACCCCGUGGUGGGGGUAGUUGGCCAGGAUGUGGUGUUACCCUGCCAGCUCUCACCCCCAGCUGGGCUGCCCAGCAUGGACGUGCAGUGGAGGAAAGCUGGACCAGGAUUUAUCCUGGUUCAUGAGUACAUGGACGAGGGUACCCAGGACCUGCCGGGGGAGAGUUACCAGACCCAGACAGAGCUGUUCCUGCAGGAGUUCAGCAGCGGAAAUGUUUCACUGAAGCUGAAAUGGCUCCAAGUGGCAGAUGCUGGGACAUACCAUUGCUUUGUGAGGAACCCAGAGUGGACCCUGGAAGCCACCACUGAGCUACAGGUUGCAGCUGUGGCUCCUGUGUUCAUUGAGGUGCUGGGCCCCCGGGGUCAGGGGAUUGGAUUGGCCUGUAGAUCUGCAGGCUGGUUCCCCAAACCCGAACUCCAGUGGGUUGGAAAGAACUGGCAGAACCUGGCGAUAGAGAUUGUGACCAAUGUGACUCAGGACAGGGAGAACCUGUAUAGUGUUGUGAGUCACGUCACUGUCACGGAAGAAGACAAUGGAGACAUCAGCUGCAUAGUGCGUAAUGGCUUGCUGCAGACCAAGGAACGAUCUGCCAUUCACCUCUCAGGUUACAUCUUCCCCCGUGUUUCUCCCUGGCUGGCUGCAUUCUGGGUAUUGUUCACUCUGGUUCUCAUUGCUGCUGGCGCUUGUGCAUAUUUUGGAUACACAGCAAAGCGAAAGGCCUCUCAGAAGAAACGCUCUAAAGAGGAGUCUCUGUUAAAUCUUGGUAUUGAGAAGACCAUGGAUGCAGCGUGCCAGGACCUGUGUGAGAAGCUUGAUUUCAGGAGGGCUCGGAGCUACAUGGUCUGUGUCACCCUGGAUUCAGAUUACAAACACCCUGAACUCACCGUGUCUGCGGAUGGCAGAACAGUCCAGCACAACCCCCCAGCCCCAGGGCCGGCUGUCCCCUCUGGGGCUCUGAUCGCCGUGGGGAGGGAGAGUUUUGUGGCCAGGAGGGAUCAUGGUGGCGGUAGUGGAUUUUGCAGGGGGUACUGGGAAGUGAAGGUGGUGGACAGCCUGGACUGGGAGCUGGGGGUGCUGAGUGAGUCUGUGAGGGACAGAGUGAGACAGGAGAGGCUGGACAAACUCCCUGAGGGGGGGUUCUGGGCUUUGGGGAGAUCUGGGGAGCGGUAUCACCCCAGUGAGGCCGACACAGUGAUCCAGAAGUGGGAUGGGAAGCUGACAGUGGUUGGGGUCUAUCUGGAUCUAGAAGGAGAGAGUCUCUCAUUUUAUAGUGUCAAUUCAAUGGCCCUUAUUCUGAAGAUUCCUGUAGAAGGUUCUGAGAGAUUGUUCCCAUUCCUCAGCCCUGGUCACGCUGUGGGGAGGGACCAGGGGAAACCCCUCAGCAUCUGCCCCCCCAGUGACUGGGAUUUCCGCCAGGAAUCAGGGGUUAGUGGGUCUGUUAGUCAGGGAUAUCCCAGAGCCCCUGAACAGUCCCCUGCCUCCGGAGACAAGGAAGGGGCAGGAAACAACACAGGGCCAUGUGCAACAGCCCCAGAUCCUGGAGUCAAGAAAGAGAAAGAAAGUAGCUAUUGUGUGAUACAAUAA